UAGUGGGGCUGUUGUCUUGCGGUCCGGACGUGAAGUGAGACAUCGGAUCUGUUAUUCUUCCCCUCCCGUGCUUCCGGGCGGAAUCUGAGAAAACGUGAACAAAUAUGGCUACAUCAAGUGACAGAAGAUUCCCCAGGAACCUAACAGACCGACUGAGCUGCCGACAAGUGCUCAACAUCAUGGUCAUCCUCGGCUUCAUGUUCAACUACAUGCUGCGAGUGAACCUCACGAUCGCCAUAGUCGCCAUGGUGAUUCCGAGCAACAAGACCGAUAUCUCGCACACCAGCGCCACCGCGACGGAGUGCUCGGACCCCGGCAACGCCACCCUGCUCUCCGACAAGCCCACACAACUGCCCGAGAGUUUCGACGGUCUGCGCUUCCAGUGGGAUGAGUAUGAGCAGAACAUUAUCCUGGGAUGCUUCUUCUGGGGCUACGUGAUGACUGAGCUGCCUGGUGGCCGUCUGGCAGAGAUCAUCGGCGGACACCGCGUCUUCGGCUACUCCAUGCUGAGCGCCUCGGUGCUGACUCUGCUGACGCCUGUAGCGGCGCGACUCGACUACACGGCCGUCGUCGUGCUGAGGGUGCUGCUCGGACUAAUGCUGGGCGCGACGUGGCCUGCAAUUCACCCGAUGACUGCGCGCUGGAUUCCACCCACGGAACGCAGCAAGUUCAUGUCCAAUAUGAUGGCGUCGUCCCUGGGGGCAGCCAUCACCAUGCCGGUCUGUGGGUUCCUGAUCGCGUCCCUAGGAUGGGAGUCUGUGUUCUAUGUCACGGGAGUGGUGGGGCUGGUCUGGAGCAUCGCCUGGUUCUUCCUUGUGUUCGACUCCCCGGCACAGCACCCUCGAAUCUCCGAGGAAGAGCGGCGCUACAUAGAGAGCUCUAUCGGAGGCGCCACCAGUCACGGAAAGGUGCACCGCGUGCCGUGGCUCCGCAUCCUGACGUCCCCCUGCGUCUGGGCCAUCAUCAUCACUCACGGCGCCAGUGUCUUCGGUUACUUCACGGUUGUGAACCAGCUGCCCACGUACAUGAAGCACAUCCUGCACUUCAACAUCAAGGCGAACGGCCUGCUGUCAAGCCUGCCCUACCUGGGCAAGUAUGUGUUCGCUGUGCUGACGAGUGCCCUGGCCGACCACCUGCUGCGCACCGAGCGCCUGUCCCGCACGGCAACCCGCAAGAUAUUCACUGCCUUCGCCCUGGGGGUGCCGUCCGUGACGAUGAUAGGCCAGAUGUUCCUGGGCUGCGACCGCGCCGCGUCUGUCACGUUCUUCACAGUGGCGCUCACUGUAAACGGCGCCGUGUGCGGCGGUUACCUUGGCAAUGGCCUGGACAUCGCCCCGAACUUCUCAGGCACAAUAUUCGGCAUGGCCAACACCCUGUCCUCUCUCGGGGGUUUCCUCUCAUCACUCAUGGUCGGAAUGCUCACCCAGGACAACCAAACUUACGCGCAGUGGCGCAAGGUGUUCGGCAUCAUAGCGGGGACGUACGCGGGAGGAGCCGUCGUGUACACUGCGUUCGGCACGGGGAGGCUGCAGUCUUGGAACGCCGUGCACACAGACGACAAAGACGGGACGGAGCCAGAGAAGUUCCCUCUACGAAGCGACAAGGCGUGAGGACUGCCGAAAAGGGGAGACAUUUUCGUAUUUUGCGAAGUUACAGAUACGGAGACAGUUUGCCGUUCCAGGGUUCCAAAAGAACA